CUCGAGGCCCUCCCGGCCCGUCGCGGCGGGGCGGCGCGGUCCUCCCGAGGACCGUGCGGGGUAUGGCAGCGGCCCCGCGGCGCUCCUGCUGGACAGGCCCAUCAGCCCCGGCUCGUGGCAGGGCCGCCGCGAGGGCAGAGCCCGCGUCGGGCAGCGCCGGUGGGCGGCGCGCGGGAAGCUUCUAGGGGGGGAGGCCAUGCUGGCGGACCCGGGGGACCCGCGCUGCACGCCGAGUGCGGUGGACCUUGUCCUGGCCAGCCCGGCGGUGGCCGCCGCGCAGCGGCUCGCGGCGGGCGGCCCCGAGGCCGCGUUCGCGGAUCGGGCCGGCGUGCGCCGCUUCCUGCGGGCCAGCGAGGGCAGCGUGUCAGGCGCUCCGAAGAAGCUGGUGAGCGCGCCCUGCGGCGCAGGUGCCUUCGUCGUCGCCCGCCAGUCCUGCCUCGGACUCGGCACGGAGCUGGCGGGGCUGACUGGAUUGAGGAUCGAGGUUCUGAGCGUUUCUCUGGCCUGUCUGGCCAUGCUGCCCGAGAGACGCGGUGCAGGCUGCAGUCCUGCCUUGACCCGGGGGCUGAUAUCAGGGCACCUCUCCACUUCUCCGAGGACGCUCGAAUGGCGGGUGCGGGAGCGGCCUCGGGACGUCGUGUGCUCGGCCUGCUCCCGGACGCCGCUGAGCCACAGCAUGCGAAUCGUGGGCGUUGACGCGCUCGGCCGCCCCGCGCUGCACCGCUUUGACCCCAGGGAGAGCAUGGAGCACGUGACGCGCACGCUGGAGGACGCCGUGGCGAUCCUCGACCGCCGCGCCGGGGAGGGCGGCCGGCCGACCGGGCCAGCCGCCGAGACCUGCGUCUGGGUGAUCGACUUCAACGGCUACUCGAUGCUCAAGGACUCGAACCCGCGGACGGGGCUGCUGGCUGGGCGGCUCCUUGCACAUUACCCGGAGCGGUUGGGCUGCGCCCUCCUCGUGGAUGCCCCGCAGUCUUUCGAGCUGACGUGGGCUGCCGUGCAGCGCGUUGUGAACCGAGUGACCGCUUCGAAAAUCGUCUUCGUGCGCACAGAUGACGGGACGGCGCGGAAGGAAUUGUCGAAGUGGGCAGGGCGGCCGCUCGAGGAGUGGCUGGUGAGGGAGUUUUCUGAGAACCGCAAAGUGGCAGGCAGUGGCGGCCACAGGCAAUACUGGAGUCCGCGUCUGCCUGAUGGAUCGCUCAAAGACCACGACCCCCGCGGCGAGCAGUCGUUCGUCGAUUCUGCCGAUUUCGCGCUGACGCUCACCAGCCGCCUGCAGGGCAGCCCCGCCUGCUCCUCUGUUGAGCCCGGUGAAAGUCGUGUGCCUGGCCGGCGCUGGCUGCCCAGGCGCUCUCCACCGCACCCAGGGCUGGCCCUGACUGUGGCGGUGAUGGCGGCCUCCAUCGCGGCCGUGCCGUUGCGCGCGUGCUGGUGGUGGCAUCAGGGGCCUGAGAGGCAGGCCCAGGCGACCCGCACGGUCGCCGCCGUGGUCGCCCUGGCUGCGGGGGCUGCCGCCGUGGCCGCCGUGGCCGCCGUGGCCCGCCCGCUGGCGCCUCGCCCGCCUCGGGCCUGCCGCCCGGUGCCGAGCUCCCCCGACGCCGACGCCGGCGCGAGCCUGUGCUGUGGCCUCCAGUGCUGCUUGGUCGGGCAGAAGCAGGGGGCAGCGUUCGCCAACGGCAGCAGCCAGAACUCGGGCAACAGCAUCACGGACACGCCAACCACGAGGGUGGCCGCCCCGCCAGGCGGCUCGUCCUCGUUCUCCCUCGGCUGGGACGCGGACCCGCAGCAGCCGGUGCGUCCCGGCUCCAGGACGUCGGGCCAGGCCUACGGCGCCGGUGCGCCAAGCACGGUGCCCCCUCAGCAGGAUCAAGCUUUCGGAGGGCGCUCGCGCGUCUCGGGCAACAGCUACGCGAACGGGAGCAACCAGAACUGCGGCAACGUAUUGACCGAUCACCCGAGCACCCGUGUCGCCGCUCCUCCAGGCGGCACAUCGUCCAUCAGCUUCGGCGGCGGCCAGGCGCCAGAGCCGCCGACCAACAGGGCCCAGGGUGCAAACGGCGGCUACGGUGGACGCGGCGGCUACGGUGGCAACGGCGCCGGCGGCAUGACGUUUGGGGAGCGCGUCAACCCGUCGUCCGCGAACACCUUCGCCACUGGCAGCAACCAGAACUGCGGGAGUUCGCCGUGGUCAUGGACGCCGUGCAGAAUCUGCACGGCACCUACGCACGAGUACCGCCACAAGCACGGGAGCCACGGCUUCUAGAACCGCGGCCACCGCGGCUUUCACAACCAGGGGAGCUACGACCAGGGGGGCUACCACCAGCGCGGAACGUCCUGACGGACCGGCCGACGACGCGAGUCAGGGCCGCUCCAGGUGGGAACUCGUCCCUGACGCUUGGCUAAGGGGCGCCGAGGACACGGCUGCAACCCUGCUGUUGGGACGGCCGCGGCGCCCCGCUGUUGCCUCCCCCCCCCCCGUUCUCGUGCCGCCGCUUCGGCUCUCCCUCUUUCUCUCUCCCUGCCUCCUGUCUUCGUCCCCUUCUCUCUUAUGGUCCUUCCCCC